AUAAGACUAUCACAAACAUAAUGAUUGGGCGCUCAUAAAUCAUGAGUGACACAACCUGUUGAGAAAGCUUGAAUAAUUCCAAGUCAGGCAGGGAGACAACAGUGCUAGAAUUACAUGCUAACUUUAUCACUAUAUAGUUUAUGGCAUGCAACUGCAGACAAACUUAACUGAUAAUUUUCUCUCACAAUAAUAGUAUUGUAACGGCAAUGAACCUCAUUUAGCACCUUCCAUGCUCAAGUGAAGUUUAAUUAAUUCCAACAGGACAGUUUAACUUUAUUUCGAAAUGGUAACUAAGCAAACUACUUAUGUUGUAUAAAAUCACUGAUGCCUAUUAAUAGUUGUAGUACUGAAAAUGUGAAAAAUAAAAAGUGUUGUUACUUAUGUAGAGCAAUUCUCGUGUUUGAGAUCUGAGAAAAAUAAAAUUGUGACGUGUAGGAGUGAAAUGUUGUGGUUCGCUGCUGUUUUUCUGAUCACUUGUUGUGAAUUAACCAUACAUGCUGAGAAUUUAGAUAUAGAAAUGCACAAGCGUCAUAAAUACGCUCCUAAAGUGGAGUUGCUAAAACCAAAGGGAUUCAGUAUUACAAUUGAAGGUUCAAAUUGUGAUCUUGGAAUUAGACGAGAAAGAUGGAAACGACAGCUGAAUACCGAGCCAAACAUCACAGAUUUCUCACAAGGGAAGUAUGGCACAUUCGGUGUCAUUUGUAGUUCUGAAAAUGAUAUGAGAAGACACGACCAGUUUACCCUCAUAAGGCAAAUAAACAAAGAAGUUAAAGACAAGAAAGUACUAAUAAGAGGUCGGCUACAUCAAAGUAGAACCAGGGGUAAACAAUGUUUCAUAGUGCUUCGUCAACAAGAACAUACAAUCCAGUGUUUGUUGAAAGUUGGUUUACAGGUGAGUCGAGAGAUGUUGAAGUUCGCUUCAAAUAUAGAUAGAGAGUCAAUAAUUGAUGUGGUUGGAACAGUUCAGUUAACUUCAAUGGAGAUCAGGUCCUGCACUGAAAAUUGGGUUGAAGUACUCGUAGAAGAAUUAUGGGUAGUAAGUGUCUCAGAAGCUCUUCCGAUUCAGGUUGUUGAUUGUGCAAGAUCAGAAAAAGGGCUUAACCCUGAAGGAAUUGGACGAAUACUUAACCCGUAUGCUCUAAAUAUUCACGUAAAUCAAGAUAAGAAAUUAGAUUACAGAGUGCUGGACCUUAGAACUCCUGCCAAUCAAGCAAUUUUCCGUAUUGAAUCUGCAGUAAGUCGUCUGUUUAGAGAAAUACUUGUACGGGAAGGUUUUUUGGAGAUUCACACCCCAAAAAUAAUCAGUGCUGCCAGUGAAGGUGGAGCUAAUGUUUUCACAGUUUCAUACUUCAAGACCUUUGCAUAUUUGGCUCAAAGUCCACAAUUCUACAAGCAAAUGGCAAUAGCAGCAGACUUUGAUAGAGUAUUUACAGUGGGUGCUGUGUUUCGAGCAGAGGAAAGUCACACAUCGAGGCACUUGACAGAAUUCGUAGGCCUCGAUUUAGAAAUGUCAUUCAAGUUCCACUAUUCAGAAGUUUUAGAGAUGAUUGAAAAGAUUUUCAUUGAGAUAUUUAAAACUUUGCAAAGCAAUUACAGCAAAGAGAUUACUAUCAUAAGGCAUCAAUUUCACUCUGAACCACUUGUGUUUACUGAGCCCCCACCAAGAAUCAAGUUCUCAGAGGCUGUGAAUAUGUUGAGAAAUGCAGGAAAUUCGAUUGAAACAUACGCAGAACUUACUUCUUACCAUGAAAAAUUAUUGGGUCAGCUGGUCAGAGAGAAAUACAAAAGUGAUUUUUUUGUCUUGGAUAAAUAUCCUAUGUCUACCCGUCCAUUUUAUACAAUGCCUGAUCCUAAAGAUCCUAAAUUUUCCAACUCUUAUGAUAUAUUCAUACGUGGAGAAGAAGUUAUGUCUGGUGGACAGAGAAUUCAUGAUGCAAGCUGGCUGAGGAGUUCUGCUCUUCAGCAAAGAGUUGAUUUAAAUAAAAUUAAGGCCUACAUAGAUGCAUUUAGAUUUGGCUGUCCACCACAUGCUGGUGGAGGAAUUGGGUUGGAGAGAACUGUUGCAUUAUUCCUUGGACUUGACAACGUUAGAAGAACAUCAAUGUUCCCUAGAGAUCCUAAAAGAAUAACACCUUAACAUUAAAAUUUUAAUUGUUUCUGUAAACUAUUUAAAAUAAACAAAUGACCGUUGUUUUUCGCUUUAAAAAAUCAAUAUGAAUAAUAACAUUUUGGAAGAAAUUAAUACAAUAGAUCAAGAUUUCAAUGUUUUUAAUAAUGGUUAGUUAAGGGUUUGUAUUAGGGCUGUAUAAAACUGUUCUUGUUGAUCAAUCCUCAUGCUUAGUUUUAACAAGUCUGUUCGUUUACCCUGUUCAGUGGCAUAUUCGAGAUUGGGGUUUGGGAUUCUCAUAACGGAGAGACAUAUUUUAUGGGGGGAAGGGGAGGGCUUGAUAAAAAUCUCCUUAAUUGUUAUAAAUUAUAUGCACAAGGUACUUAGAAUAUUUAAACCAAUGCUUUUAAAAAUUAUAUAAUUUAAUUUAACUACAAAUAUUGUUUUUAUAUUCCUUGUAAUUUAUUUAUUAACAUGAAUGUUAUCUCACUAUUUACUAUGUUACAAUGAGUAACAUGAAAUAACUAGCAUAUUACAUUUUUGUAAAUCUUCUAUGAGUUGCAGUGUUCUUUGGGAAUAUAUUUGAAUUAGAUUCCAAUUGUAAUCAAAAUAACUUACUAAAUGUAUUAAGCUAGAUGUACUAAGCAAGUAAAACAUAACAUCAGAUUUGAAUUAACUUUUAAUUUAAUUUUUACUGAUUCUUAUGAUAUUUUUAUUAAUGUUUAUGUUUAUAAUAAAAACAAAGUAUGUUCAGAUCAAAUACGUUUGCUGCUUUCUUCACCAACUGCCGGACUAACUGCAUUUAUCCUAAGAGUAUUCUUUCCUGAGCUGAUGGGUAAUAAUAAAUGCACAUCUAUCACUGCAAUUGCAAUAUUUUGUUUUGCUUGUUUUGAUUUAAUCCAAUACUGUACAAUUUAGUUACUAAACAUUUUAAGUAUAUCCUUGCUAAGAGGAUUUUAUUAUCUUUCCUAGAUAGAUUGGGGGCUUUCUACUCCUCCCCCCUCCAAAUAUGCCAUUUUCCGUGCUCCAAGCAACUUGGAUCACUAGAGAGCAGCUUAGAUCAUGAUCAAGGAAAGAUUAUUUAGCAAGAGAAAAUUUAGAGCACUCAGGAUACAUCUAACCUGGUCGGGAUAAACAAAUUUUGGCUUUUUGAUUUGACUAUUACUCCAAAUAAGAAUAAAAGUUUAACUUAAUCAUAAUAUUUAUCUUUAUACUUACAGACUUUGUAUUAGGAUUAAUGGAAUCACUUAGUUUUAUGUAGUAUUCAUUUGCAUUUAUUUCUUUGUGUGUUUCUUAAAUCAAUUUUAUUUAUUGGUUUUGUAGGGUAAAACAGACCUCAAAAUAGAAGGAUCCAAAUUUAACAUCAUAUGAUUUAAACAUUUAGGAUAAAAUUUAACUUUUAGCAUUUGUUUUUAUUUACCUUAAUUACUACAGUGCAUUCACACAAUUUUAAACAGUACAAUUUUUAUUAGAAUAAACAUAUCCAAAUUAUUUGUACAUAACUAACUCUACUAGAACAAAAUUUAACAAAUAAAAUUAAUAUUGAAAAUGUAAAUUAAAACUAUAAAUACUGUUUUCAGUUCAGAUGCUCGAGACAUCAGACAGUUGCACAUAUUUUGGAACUACAGAAAGCCGUACAAUCGCACAAACCCUUACUCGACGACUGACUUUACUAAUGUCACAUUCAACGAGAAUUCUGCUCGGACGAUUACCGUAGCAGACAAUGACAUUCAGCUGCACAUUGGAGACAGUAUUUUCUACUGGCUGCUGCUCAUUACUAAGGAAUGGGAGAGGAUCACACUACACAAGCAGAACUUCUGGGUCAAGUUUGACCAGAAGGUUUGGGAUGGAGUACCAGAGCCUUUUUCUGAAACAUACUAUCGAGAUUUUGACAAGUAUCACUUAAAUGAUGAAAUGUAAAUAUUACCAAAGAAAAUUGAUGUUAAAUCAUGAAUACCAUCAAGUUACACUGCAGUAAGAUUCUUUUCAUUCAGUCAUUUUCAUGUAUUUAGAUUUUCACUGGUAUGUUUGUUACUAUUUGACUAAACAUAAAUAAAAAGCAAUAAAUAUGU